GAUGAUUUCACUUUCUGUUUUGGGUUAACUGAAAGUGAAAGAGAACUGUCAGAUUCCUACUCCACAUUAGUCUCCUGCUGUUCGUGGGUCUUUGUUCAACAUUUUUCGUGUCGAUGGAUAACAAGGAGGCAACGCACACCUGCGGCCAAUGCCUCAAAGAGGUCGCAGAGGCCAACUUCGCUCUGCAUGAGACGCACUGCAGCCGCUUCUUAUGUCUCUGUCCGGACUGUGGUGAGGCAGUUCCCAGAGAGCAGCUGGACCAACACAGAGAGGAGGAGCACUCUCAGACCAGAUGCAAGAAGUGCAACCAGAAGAUGGAACGCUGUCAGCUGAAGGAUCACGAGUCUGAUGAGUGUGUGCAGCGGCUGCAGACCUGUCACUUCUGUGACCUGGAGCUGCCGCAGUGGGAGCUGGACCAGCACUGCCUGGCCUGCGGGAGUCGCACCGAGCUCUGCUGCGACUGCAGCCGCUACGUCCGACUGAAGGACCAGCAGGAGCACCACCGGACCUGCUUGGCCACGAACAAUAAUAUCACAAGUUCUCAAACCACCAGCGCUCCACCAAACCAGGCCAAAGAAACAGCUAUCUGUGAUGGAUGCAUGGCAUCCUUUCCAGCUGAAGACAUAGAGAAACAUGAGCUGGAGUGUGUCCCAGCAUCCAGGCGGGACGACUCUGGAGGGUCGGAGCCAGAGGAGGAGGGGGAGAGGGACGAGGAGGAGCUAAGCAGCCUCUAUAAGGCAGCCUCCCUGUCAGACAGACCCCACAGGCCACUGGGUUUCUGGGGUGAAGGAGGAGAUCCAGACCAGCUCAACACCUGCCCCCACUGUCACCUGGUCCUGCCGCUCGUCACGCUACGGUGGCAUGAGGCAAAGUGCCAAAUCUUCACGUACUUGAAAGAAAAGGGAGAAGAAGGGAAAGAUGCUUCAGAGAUCUCUGAUCAAUAUGUCAUGAGUAAAAAAUGAGUAUUUGGGUUCCUGAUGAAUGCAACUUCAUUAUAGAUUUUCUUCUGUUUAUGUUAAUUUCGAGGAUUACAUUUUGGUUUUUGCUACAGUUGACCUUUAAGGUUGUGUUUGCCUAAAAGAGACGUUGGUUCAAAAUAUUAUACGCUGUGUCUAAGCACAACUUAAGUUAUGUUAAAAAAAACAAAUGCAGCUACUGAACUGUGACGCUUACUGCCAGUGAAGAGACUGUUCUAACUGCUUUAACUGCUGCUAAAGUAGUAAUAACUAUUGAAACAUACAAAGUUUUACGUGUCAAAAUAAGCACUUGAUUUCAAUCACACACAGUAUAUGAAAACAUAUAGUGAGAAACUGACGUAAAGAUCUCUUGAGGAAGCUAUUCGUGUACUUCAGGGUAAGGGGGAAAUAUCUGAUUAAACUAAUGUAACUGAGAUUAUUGGCAUUAGAUGUUAUUUGAGUUACAUUAUACAAUGCAGUGACGUGUCAUUUUAUUCGGGUUUUCGUGGGCGAAACAAUAGCUACACCUGACAGCGACUUUGUGCAAUUACUUUGUAAUAAAUCAUCUGCACAUGAGAACUGGUGUGUGUGGUCCAACCCAUUAUAA